GAGUCCUGCGCAAGCGCAAACGGGCGUUGACUCGAGGAGCGGUUGGCGGCGGCCGUAGUUGGCGCGCGGCGGAGAGAAAGGCCGGAAGCGUAAGCACGGGAGCCGCGUCCCCCUCCUCUUUCCGCUUCCCGCCCCGGUGGCCCCGGAGCUCCGUCGGCGUGGCAACCCUGUUCCCUCGCGCGCCUUUGCCGCUCCUUCGGCCGCGGAUGCAGCGCCGCGAGGACCUCGCCGCCGCCGCGGCUCGCCUGGGCCGGCCGCCGGGCCCCGCCGGGGUGGCCCGGCUCCAGUCGCCUCAGGCGGCGGCUUCCCCGAGGCGGCCCACCCGAGGCGGCGGCGGGGGAGCGCGCGGGCCUCAGCCGCCGCCGCUCCUGCCGCCUUCGGCCACCAGCUCGGCCCCGCCGGCGCCCAGCGCGGCUCCCACCCCGCUGAUGCCCGGCGCCGUCUCCGCGGCCAAGGCGGAGCCCGAGAACAAGUACUUGCCCGAGCUGAUGGCCGAGAAGGACAGCCUGGACCCCUCCUUUACCCACGCCAUGCAGCUGCUGCAAGCAGAAAUCGACAAAAUUCAAAAAGGUGAAUCAAAGAAGGAUGAAGAAGAGACCUACCUGGACUUGUUUUCUCAUAAAAACAUGAAAUUGAAGGAACGAGUUCUUAUACCGGUCAAGCAGUAUCCUAAGUUCAAUUUUGUUGGGAAGAUACUGGGCCCCCAAGGCAACACCAUCAAGCGAUUACAGGAGGAAACUGGAGCAAAGAUUUCUGUCCUAGGGAAGGGAUCAAUGAGAGACAAGGCAAAGGAAGAAGAAUUGCGCAAAGGAGGUGAUCCAAAGUAUGCUCACUUAAACAUGGAUCUGCAUGUUUUCAUUGAGGUCUUUGGCCCUCCUUGUGAGGCUUAUGCUCUUAUGGCCCAUGCUAUGGAAGAAGUCAAGAAGUUUCUCGUUCCGGAUAUGAUGGACGAUAUCUGCCAGGAACAAUUUUUGGAAUUGUCCUAUCUCAAUGGGGUGCCAGAGCCAACACGUGGUCGGGGGAUCUCUGUCCGUGGAAGGGGAGCAGUUCCCCCACCCCCACCUGUUCCUAGAGGACGUGGUGUGGGCCCUCCGCCACCGCCUCCCCGUGGAGCCCUUGUACGGGGUGCCCCGGUGAGGGGCGCAAUUGCAAGAGGAGCAGCUGUGACCCGCGGAGUCCCUCCUCUCCCAGCAGUGAGAGGGGCCCCUGCCUCAAGAGCUCGUGCAGCUGGCAUUCAAAGAAUACCACUCCCCCCUCCUCCUGCACCAGAGACCUACGAAGAUUAUGGCUAUGAUGAUGCUUAUGCUGAGCAAAGUUAUGAAGGAUAUGAAGGCUACUAUAGCCAGGGUCAACAGGAAACUGAAUAUUACGAUUAUGGACAUGGUGAAGCUCAAGAAUCUUAUGAGGCAUAUGGUCAAGACGACUGGAACGGAACUAGGCCUUCGCUCAAGGCCCCUCCUGCUAGGCCAGUGAAGGGGGCCUAUCGAGAGCACCCGUACGGACGCUAUUAGAACAUUCACCAGGGCAAAUCACCCUUAUGAACAAACAGUUGUUUCUGAUUCUAGUGUCUCCCAGGAUUCCUCUUGCUUUACCACAACAGACAAGUAAUUGUCUCCCUGAUUUUUCUCUGGCUCCCUUUUUCUCCCACCUCCAUCCUCCCCCAACCACUUGACCCUACAUUCUGCUUCUGUAUGUAGUAUUUUAAAUAAGUUAGAGUUAGAAAACUGAAUUCAACUUUUAAGUGUGUAGACUGCUUUUCUUUCUCUGUUUAUAGCUUAUAUAAACAAAAACUGUACCUUUAAAAAGAAAACUUUUGAGAUAAAAUGUUAGUUUCCAAAGUGACAUGCUUGCUUAACAGUUAUGGAAUUAAAGUUUGUUAAUCUUUAAAUUUUUUUGUUUUGUUUUUUAGGCAACCCAUAAAAGUUCUAGUUGCAGAGUCCCAAAGUAGGCUACAUUUCAAAAUUCAGGAUUUUUUUUUAAUGAAUUAAAAUGUAACUGUAGUGAUUGCCACAGUUAAAAAGCAAGGUCAAAUGUCAAAAUUUUGCCCUUAACAGCAAAUUGCUUGAAUAAUCUUAACUUUAAACAUCAAUAGGAAGGAUCCUCUAGAACAAUUAAAUGGUGGGUUUCCCCCCCUUCAGUAGAUUUAACUUUUUUUAAAAAAAAAAUUAGGUUGUAGAAAGACUUCCAAUGUGGAUAUUGAAAUUUGUCCCCAAAUUCUGGGAUGCUAAUGGCAGAUGUUUUCAAGCAAAAGGUGUUCUUAGCUCAAUUGUGCAUGAAGAGAUUUUAAGAAAAUGGACAUCUAGCUGCUCUGUAAUUUUAUAUUGCUCUAACUGCCCAGUGUUUUGAUAUUAGGAAGUAUUAAAUAUAAGUAGCUGUGCAUUGUGUCUUUUUUUUCUUUAAUGAAAAGCUAACACGAGUGUUUGCAGUACAUAAUAUAGUACAGGCUUACAAUUGGCAACAUUAUCAAGCUUUUAGUCAUUCCAGUGACAUGUUUGUGUGUCUCGACACUCGUAUUAUGUUAAAAGGGACAUUGCAGCUGAAAAACCAGGAGAGCUUAUUUUGUACAUAGAUUGUACACUGUCCUCCCAUUUGUUCUUGGAAGAUUAAAUGCUACUACAUGUGUAAGCUUGCCGAAAUAGGUAAGCUAAAAUUUGUCAAGAUGUCUGCAGCAGUUUGUCAAUAAAGUUUAGUCCUUUUUUUUAAUCAAAGUAAAUGUGAUGAAUUGUCAUUUUUUUUUUAAUUCUGGUCAAGCAGUAAAAUAGAUUUUCCUCUUUCAAUAAAAAUAAAUUAAUGUUAAAGAACAUGGUCUGUUUUCUUAAAAAAGAUUUAAAAUCAGAAGAGAUAAAAUGGUAUACUCUGAAACUUUAAAACUUUAUGAAGCCAAAUGAGCAUAAUUUUAAAACAAAACUGUUUUUCACCCCCUGGAAGUUGAACAAGGCUUCAAGCUGCUGCAUAAAUGUUUUGUUUCACCCUCCUUCAACCUGCUGUUCCUGGGGAAGUAUAGAUUUCAGCUUCAUCCCAAAGUUGUGGGUGGUAAGACUCAUUGUCCAAUCCUUCUGGAGGGCACUGGCUUAGGAAAGCCUUUCCUUUCUCUGCUGGCUAUUGACCUUCCCCCUGUAGGCAGCGAUGCUGUGCUGUUGCCUUGCAACCAGAGUUGAUUUCAAAAGGGCACAGCCGCCUUCUUUCCCUCAGCCCCCUUCCUUUUGGGGCCGCUUGCCCAAAGCACAUCCCCAUGGAUUGUACCCUCCACAGAACACCAGGCAUGGUUGGGCCAAACCAUUGCCAAUUUGGUCAGUGGCCUAGAAACUAAAAGACCUUUAUAUGAAAGAAAGGGGAUCUUGGAUGACUUGCCUCGGGACCCAGAGCUCUUAACAGUCAAAAGUAAUGGCUUAUGCUGGGGGCAGGCAGAUGAUUCGCUAUGGCCCAUGAGGAAGGGGCAUAAAACAGAACAUUGCAAAGCUGGCCAGUUCACACAGCCUCAAGUCACUGCAUUCCUGUCUCCAAGGAGAAAGAAUUUAUCAAAAAUUCAAACCACCAUUGGCUAUAAGGCUAAGUGGCUAUUUGUUCCUGGACUAAAACCAGAAUAGGUGGCUAUGUAAUAUUGUGACUUGUCUCUCUGCUCCCUUCUUGGCCAUUUUUUAAAAUUCGAUUUUCAUUGGGGAGGAACUGCUUGGGGGUGAAAAAAAAUAUCCACUGUUCCUGUCAAAUUGCGCACAGAAGUGCAUGAUUGAGGGAAAUUACUUUUAAAAACCAAAAACACAAAAAAGGUUGUUAUUUGUAGAUUGUUAUUUUAAAAAAAUGUAAAUAACUGAAUUUUCCACAAUGGUUUGGAGUCAGCUUUCAGGGUUUAAUGUCUUGCUUGAUGAAAAGAUCGCCCCAACCCCCCUUUAAAGGAAAUUAUCGCAGGAGAAUUCAGGAUGUCUUAAAGCUAACAUGCACCGAAAAACUCAAAAGGUAACCUAAAUGUCUGAUUUUAAUAGCACAUUUCUUUUACAUAAACUGUGACGGCAACUUGCAUAAACUAUUUAGCACUGAAAUUCUUCAAGUGUUAACUUUAAUGUAAAA